CAUCUUGUGAUCCCUUUUUUUUUUUAAUUUAAAAAAAUUUUUUUAAAAUUUUCCUCCGGAACCCUCCAGUGGGGGAGCGAGUUAGUCUUCGCGCCCCCCCUCCCCGCGCGCCACCGUCUCCCCAGCUCGGCGUGCGCCUCUUUUCUCUUGUCGCCACUCUUCAUUCUUAUUUAUUCGUAUUUAUUGGGCUCCUGCCCUCCUCCUCCUCCUCCUCCUCCUCCUCCUCCUCCUGCCGCCGCGGCUCCCCCGCCCUCCCCCUCCUCCCGCCCUCCGGAUCCCUGCGCUCUCUCCCCGGAGCGGCCGCUCCGGGGGCUCCGCCGCUGGCCGGGCGUGAUGUUGCACGUGGAGAUGUUGACGCUGGUGUUCCUGGUGCUCUGGAUGUGCGCGUUGAGCCAGGACCCGGGCUCCAAGGCCGUCGCCGACCGCUACGCCGUCUACUGGAACAGCAGCAACCCCAGAUUCCAGAGGGGUGACUACCACAUUGACGUCUGUAUCAAUGACUACCUGGAUGUUUUCUGCCCUCACUAUGAGGACUCGGUCCCGGAAGAUAAGACUGAGCGAUAUGUCCUCUACAUGGUGAACUUUGAUGGCUACAGUGCCUGCGACCAUACUUCCAAAGGGUUCAAGAGAUGGGAAUGUAACCGGCCCCACUCUCCAAAUGGACCGCUCAAGUUCUCUGAAAAAUUCCAGCUCUUCACACCCUUUUCUCUGGGAUUUGAAUUCAGGCCAGGCCGAGAAUAUUUCUACAUCUCCUCUGCAAUCCCAGAUAAUGGCAGAAGGUCCUGUCUAAAGCUCAAAGUCUUUGUGAGACCGACAAAUAGCUGUAUGAAAACUAUAGGUGUUCAUGAUCGUGUUUUCGAUGUUAACGACAAAGUAGAAAAUUCAUUAGAACCAGCAGAUGACACCGUGCACGAGUCCGCCGAGCCGUCCCGCGGGGAGAACGCGGCCCAGACGCCGAGGAUCCCCAGCUGCCUCCUGGCCGUCCUCCUCUUCCUCCUGGCCGUGCUCUUGACCUUAUAGCACCACCGCUGCCACCUGAGCAGCAGGGCCUUGGACACCGGAGACCCACCUGACUGCUCAUCCUAAGAAGGGACUGGUUAUUGGGUUUGGGGUUUUGGGUUUUGUUUUUUGGGUUUUUUUUUUUUUUUUUUUUUUUUUUUUUGGGCAGAUGUCAGAUUUUUGUUUUCUUUCUUUCGGCCUGAAUUCUAAGCGACAACUGGGGGCCAGCAGGGGCUCAAGUGGUUGCUGCUUCCCCCGCCCCCCCCCCCGCCCCGCCCUCUCCCAUCCCUUCCAAAUUAAAUGGACUCCAGAUGAAAAUGCCAAAUUGUCAUAGUGACAGCAGCGGUCGUCAGCUCGUGUGCACUCUCCCCUAAGAGCCCCGGCGACAGGCCCGUGGCGAGGAGCAGUGGUGGCAGGUGCGGCCAGCACGGGCCAGGCCCAGGGCUGCUCUCCCCGCGGUCCGCAGCCUUCUCCUCCAGGACCAGGGGAUGGUCGUGCGGGGCUCGGGUCACCAGGUCGAGUCCGGGGGGUUCAGACGAGACCCGAGAUCACACCCUUUCCUCUAGGAGUAGGACAACGAACAGGCUUCUCCGAGGUUGAGACACUGGGCUUCUUGUUUUUUGGGGUUUUUUUUGUUUUGUUGUUGUUGUUCUUGGGGGGGUUGUUUUGUUUUUUACAUGACUGUCUUAAAGCAUUCUUGACAGCAAAACUUGUGCUCCGUGAAAGAAGCCUUUUUUUUUUUUUUCCCUUUUUUAGAAAGCAGGUCGGGUGCGGGAAUGCUAGCACAGAGCAAGGGUGAAAACAGAGACAACUAGGUUUGGUGGGGGUGUGUACGUGUGAGUGCCUCUGAUUUUUUUUUUUUUUUUUUUUUUUUUGGUGACUGGGCAAUGCACAGCAGAUUUCUUUUUUAUUUUUUCCUUUAAAUACAGAUCACCAUGGUGCUACAAUCUUUUUUUUUUUUUUAAGAAACUCAAAAGAGGCAUUUUUAUGAAUAAAGUGACCUUCCCCAAGGCUGACAAGCCAGGGUUGAUGAGUGUAUAAUGGAAUAGCUUUGGAUGCUCCUCUGGGGGACAAUAUGUACCGAGGAGAGGAGGUCAGCGGCCAGAGGAGAUGUGAUGUGGCUUUGCUGGAGCGCCAGUGUGCUGUGGCCUUUCCCCGACUCCCACCCUAGCACCCACGUUUUGCUCCACACUCCACAGCUACAGGGGCUCGCACACGCGCCCCUGCUACCAGGAGAGUCAGUCAGCACUACUUGGGAGGGCUAAAGGGAAAUUUGGAAUAAAAAAUUCCAAAGUUUGGAAUAAAAAAAAAAAGUUCAAGUGUUGAUUUUAUAUUCUUUCCCUUCCUGACACAGCCUGAAGCGUAGGGGGAACAUGUGUUUAUCUGUGGGAGAUAAACAAGAUGGAGUCCCAAAGACUUUAACAAAAUAUUUUUUUAAAGAUCCACUAGAAUAGAAAAUACAUUAUUUAGAUAUACUUUAUGCUGAGAGUGAGUAUAUAUGCUUGUCCUAUUUAAACUUGUGAGAAAAAAAAAAGUGGUAUCCCUUGAUACAUUUAGAGACUAGGGGGCUAUCUUGUUUCGUUGUGGGGUGGGGCGGAAGGAGCGUAGACGCAGGGUGACCCUGGUUGAGGAGUCCUGGCCCGGCCGACGGGGGCCGUUUCCAGCGGCCGAGCGUGGGGGCUACUGCUGGUGAGGCUGCCACAAGCUCUGAACCCCAAGGCCUAGGCAGGAGAAGUGUCGGACCAACGGAAAAGCAGCCUAGCCUUUUUACUGUUGCACGACACGUCACUAGGAACCAUGCCUUUCAAAACCGAACAAAAGAAACCAAUAAAUAAAUGCAAUGAUGAUGUAAUAUAUGAGAAAAUUGGAAGCAUUCCAGCAAAAUGAGGCUUUUUUAAAAUAUAUAUAUGUGUGUGUGUGUGUGUGUUUCUUAAAAUGUCUAUAUGAAAAAGGAGAGGGGUCAGAUUGUGGAUAUACUUCAUGAAUGGGAAUUUGCUACGAAUUGUGAGUAGUUCUGAAUUAGGGGAGAAAAAAAACAAAACAAACCUGUGUGAAUGAAAGGCAGCUGUAAAGGUCCUUGCACCCUGGAGAGUUGUACACAUGUUGAAAUGUAAUCUGGGCUUACCUGAUUCCUUUGGAAUGGAUGUUACCGCUGGGUCUGUUCACACUUGGAACCGUGGGAGUGGGCUUGCCGGCCACUCGGCCGCCCCCGACACCGGGAACUUCUCUGGAGUGGCACAGUCUUGUCACAGAAGGCAGCCACCAUUUCACGGGAACAAAAGUUCACAGCAUUGGAUUCUUUUUUUUUUUUUUCCUUUAACUCUGUGCUCAGUACUCUCAGUGAUAUCCAGUAAUACUUUUUUUUUUUUUUUAAUUACUAGUUACAGGCUUGUUGGUCCAGUGGGAUUUGAGUGGGGGAAGGGGGGGAGGGUGCCUCCCUGAAAUGGAUCAAUAGUCGGAACCAAAAUAAUACUGCAUGUUCUAGAACCACAAGGAAAUCAAACGAUCCUAUAAGGAUUCCAGUUAGUCAUAACUACAUUAGCAGUGCUGGUUUCAUUUAUAGAAAUGGUGACUUCUGUGGUUUGGUAGCAUUUGUCUCUAACAAAUGAUAAAGUAAUCACUCAUGGCCCUCUCUGCCACUGUCUUUCAUUUUUCACGGUGAAAUUAGACGCCCCCCCCCCGCCCGCCUUUACUUCAUUAUGCCACUACAAAUUAAGUUUAAAAAAAAAAAAAAAAAAAAGGCAAGACUAUCCACCCCACUAGACAGUGUGCUUCUCUACCUUUAAGUGAUAAUAAUCGUAGGUAACGCUUGCCACGGAGUUUCCAAGACCAUGAUCGGUAUAUCAGACAGUUUUCAUCUUGUCCAGAAAGUGCUGGUGGCCUUUUAUGGUGGUGUUACAACCCUCUGGGGGCUUAGGAGGAUGUCGAUGCAAUUUUGUAGCAGCUUUUAAUUUAAAAACACAACUCAAAAAAGUCAAGGGGCCGCCUUAGCUGCCUCUCAGCCCCAGUAAAGUCAAACCCCAGCGACCUUUGCCCCCGGUUGCCAAGGGCUUUGCAACAUGAAGCAGGGAAAUAAGGAUCUGUCUGUUUAGUGGAUACCGUGUAUCCUUUAAUAGACCAGGUAACAGUUCGUGUUAGUUUAGACUAUUGUUUUUGUACUGUACUUUCUUGGGUGGCAGAGGAAAGAAAACAUUAAAAAAAAACAAAAAAAAACAAAAAACAAAAAAAAAAUGAACUAAAAAAAAACUGCGUUCCUUAAAUUCUGUAUUAUUAGCGACCUCUGUUGUAUAUAGUGUUUGAUAAUAAAGUAUUAAUUUGAUUCUUAUGUCUUUUGUAAGUGAGAACAAUAGUCUUUCAGGAUCCAAAACAUGCAUCGAGGCUUUGAAACAUCCGCUGUGUGGGUAGCUGAGAAGAGUCACAGGUGGCUGAGACGCUCCAUCCAGGACUCACGUGCGGUCACCGCCCUCCCGGCCCUAAGACUCCACCAUCUUGGGAGCUGGAACAACAUGACUUUUUUGAUCCAUAUUUUAUCCUCAGUGUUUUCCAAAGUCCCAUAUGUUGGAGCCCUGUGGUGGUUUUCCUCCCCCCGCGUGUUGGUUUCAAAAGGCCUAGGGAACUCCCCACCAGUCCUGUACUUUGGUUUUCUGUUUGUGGUGGUUUCCAUAGACUGGCUCAUUUGUCCUCAGGAGGAGUGGCCCAAGCACGGGAAGGGUUUCAAGCCCCCCCCCCCCAGGGCAGGUUACGUGGGGGCUGCUUCCCUCUGCCAUUGUGAAAGGAAGAGGCGCAUGGUACCUGGGGAUUUUCAGGGACUUUGUUUUUCUCUGGUGCCUUAGCAACGGCAGCAGCCAUUCUUAGCAGUUUACCCCAAAAUUAAUGAAACCGUUUAAACCCCCCUCCAUUCAUUGCUCUCAGAGCUGUGGCCAGUUGUUUUUCUUUUGAAAACCACCUUCACCGGCACCCUCCGUUUGCCUACCACCAACCCCCUUUUUAUUUCUUAUGUUUAUAUUUUUGUCUCUUGCCUUCCUCCCACGUUUUAUUUUUUUCAUCAGAACCGUGAAUGGGCAGGUCUGUCUCUGGUUUGGCAUCACUGAGUUUUUUCCAUGCAUUUGCCCAAGAGCCGCUCGGACGUGAGACAAAUCUCCCUGCAAUGGGCUUGCUCCCAUUGUCUGUACAGUUUAAUAGAUGCUGGCAUGUUGGAGGUUACCCAUGAGUCAAAAAUCCACUUUCCAUGCUUACUCUUGACACCCCAUUGAAGCCACUCAUUGUGUGUGCGUCUGGGUGUGAAGUCCAGCUCCGUGUGGUCCUGUGCUUGUACUGCCCUGCUUUACAGUUCCUUUGCACUUACUCAUCGAGUGCUGUUUUGAAAUGCUGACAUUAUAUAAACGUUAAAAAAAAUGUAAGAAAAAAAAACACACACACAAACCAACCCAUACAAUCUGUAUUUGUAUAUACACGUGUCCGUACAAGUAUACCUAAAUAAAAAUUAAAGAUUUUCAUCAUUUUAA